UAACUAUUUUCACGACUCCCGUCAAAAUAGUCCCCUCUGUGCAACUUGGCGUUGUGGGCGUGCGCGAUGUUUGCCGUAUUAAACACUCAGUCUCAGCUCAUGUGAUCUUUGGAAGCUGUAUCGGCUGGUUUUAUGUCGAAGACGGGUCGCUGGAGUCGUGCAUCUGACAUAGUAUGAGCGACUCCGAUGAUGCAGUGUCAGGGAUCAAGUCGACGGCAUCGUCAAGCCGAGCGGACACGAGUGCCGUGUCAACUUCAUCUCCUCACGGCCGUCUGUCACAUUUUGUCGACGACUCUUGUCUAAAGAACGUUGCUCUCGAGGACGAUGCUAGCACUGCUGAGGAAACGAAAGCCCUUCGUGGCCAUUCACCAGCAACUGUGGACACAACAACACAGGAUGAAACACUGCAUACGAACGUCGUGCUCUUCUUUAACAAGUCGUAUCCCUUCACCAUCAUUGGCGCGCUAAGGAUCGCCAUUCUGUUGCUGUCCCUGCUGAGCCUCAUCUGCAUAGCAAGUGCAGGCACCAAGGAAUAUGAUGUCCUGCAGCUGCCACGGUCGGAACGUGUCCGCCUACACCUCUUUGUCUGUGUGCUGGCCUUCCUUCUAACAGCUGUUUUGAUGAUAGUGGACAACUCCUCCAUUGUCCACCUCCUGCCCCUGAAUUGGGCCCUCAUCGACACAGUGCUGUGGGGAGUAUUGGCCCUACUGUUUCUGGUCUCAUCCUCGCUGCUGAUGCACAACAAGGUGCUUUAUCGACAAACUUACUUUACCGUGGUUGACUGGACCUGCAGCCUCUUUGUUGUCUCUGGGAUAUUCGGUCUGGGCUGUGUAUGCUCCUGCCUUGCUCUGGGAGUUCUGCGUUUUCUUCGGCCCAAGGCCCCUCCUCAAUGCCUGUCCCCAGCAGUUGCCAGUCAGGACAUUAUGAUGUCACCCAUAACCACCAGUUGAUGCCACCGCAACACAACAUUCAUUGUGCAGGAUCACAUUCCUAUUCUGGAUGUGUGCCUGCUUCAUAUUUGCAUUUACCCUUGCUGUACACCUUUCUAUGGCUCCCUUGUAAAUAUGUUUAUUUUAGUUGACUGCGACUUUUGCAAUAGAAAAGAUCUAGUAUGUUGAAAACAAAACUGUCUCAAUGGCAAUUCUGACACCAUUGUCUUGAAGUGCCAUUUGGAUGCAGUGUCAUUAAAUUAUAAAUUACAAGAUGACUUGUUGCCCUCCCGCCAGCAACAAAUGGGGCACUUGGCUAGAGCAUGCAAACAGCUAAAAGCCUGUUUUAAUUUCAUUUCUGGUCAUGUCCUUCGCUAUCUUCGCCUGUGGCCAUGACCCAGGGGACAGCAUGUAUUACACCGUGCCAAUGUGACUGAUGAACACCACAGAUCUGAGCAUCCUCCCUUCUUUGACAAUUGUAUUGAAAAAAAAAAAAGUACUUUAGGGACUCUUAACCACACUUUGUGUGUAAACUCCCUGCCUAGUUUUCGUUGUCCAUGAUUUGUAAAAAAAGGGGAUGCCUUAACAUGUGUUCAUAUCUUUUCAGUUAUUGCUGUAGUUAUUGUAACUCGCAUGAAGCGUGUUGAUUGACUGUGUUGCCUUCGUCAUCAAAACAUUUAAGAAAAGCUGCAUUACUUUUGGGGAGUCAAACUUUUAUGGGGCAUUUUUUGGUUUGAAUAAGCUCUGCUUAAUAAUAGAAGACAUAGCUGCCAUAGGUUGUGCCUCGUAGCAAUACUGUACUGAAAAAUCAAGCUUAAUUUACCGUCUUAUAGUGACAUUAAAGAGAAGCACUACAUUCAGUUUAGACUGAUGAAGUAUUCUUUCAAAACUCUAUUUUUGUUACUUCCACGGUAAUAGGUUGAUUAUCAGAAGAGAAAAUGAAGGUCAAAGUUCCUUUCUUUCUUUUUUUUUUUUUUUAAUUUCACAAUUAUAAUCGAGCUCCGGUAUGCCAGUAUGACAUUGGAAAUUUUGAGUAAUUUUUCGUAUCUGGGUCAUGGCGACUUUGUUUUUCUUUUUUUUUUAAUUCUUUAACCUUUCUAAGUUGAGUCUUUGGGGGCUUUUAGAAUGCAGUAUAGUCCAUCAUCUUUACUUAUAGAAGCUUGAUUAGGCUUGAGCAGACAGAGUCGGAAUCCAUGAUGAUGCAGCAAGCUGGUGCAGGAAC